GGAGGUCUCUCUCUCUCUCUCUCUCCGAAUCCGGAUUGUGGUUCGUUCGCGCGGUGUCGUGAUUCGACGACGGUCGUCGUGAAAAACAGACGCCGCCGGACGAUGCUCGCCGUCGCGGGAACCUCUUCGCCGCCGCGUCGCGGCUGAGAAAUAGGAGACAAGUGCGGGACGCUCGUUGAUCGUGGUGCACCUGUCGUGGGAUCGCGGCGACGUCGCGUCGCAUCCUCGCGGAAGAGACCGAUUCUCGCGCGAGUGAUCGUCGUCGUGCCUGACUCUGUGCGUCGCGUCGGCGAUCGGCGAGUGCCUUCAAGAAGUGUCGGACAUUCUCCGAAGUCGAACGAAGUUCCCGAAACGCUCGAAAUAGGUGUUUUCACCGAGCAACAGGACGUUCCGCGGACGAGUGCAGGACGCGCGGCGGGAACGCGCGCGCGUCCGCAGGACUCGUGCCUACCUGCCGAGAGGAAGUUCGGCACGUGGCUAACACCGGCGACUCUUGUGCGCGCGGUCAGCAACGCUGGACAAUAAGCGAGCAUUCGUGGUUGCUCGACGCUCUGUCGGUUCUUCGGGUGAUCAGUGUGAAAACAGUGACACUUCACCUCACAGGGACCGACCGCGGUCACUUAGUGGAAUUAUCGCCCGACGAAUCACCGUCGAAUGCCGCUCACGUCCGCCCAGCGUUAAUUCGUCGUAACGAUCAAGAUGAAUCAGCAGUGCAAGGUAUGCGGUGAGCCAGCGGCUGGUUUCCACUUCGGUGCGUUCACCUGCGAGGGUUGCAAGUCCUUCUUCGGGCGAUCCUACAACAACUUGAACAGCAUCGCCGAGUGCAAGAACGGUGGCGAGUGUGUCAUCAACAAGAAGAACCGCACCACUUGCAAAGCUUGCCGUCUGCGAAAAUGCCUUUUCGUCGGGAUGUCCAAGUCGGGCUCGCGGUAUGGUCGCAGGUCCAACUGGUUCAAGAUACAUUGUCUGCUGCAGGAGCAGCAACAGCAGCACCAGCAGCAGCUGCAACAACACCAGCAGCAGCAACAGCAGCAGCAGCAACAGCAGCAGCAGCACCACUACCAAGCGGGUAUCUCCGGUCAGCAGUUGCAGCUGCCGCAGCAGCAGCAACGUAAGCCGACGAGUCCGCCGAUCGCAGUUCACGGUGGCCAACGCAAGGACGAGGUUCACCUGCUCAGCAUGGACGACUACAAAAACUCGAGCUCGCCGAGCAUCAGCUCGCCCGAGUCCCUCAACAGCGACAACUCGGUCGACGUGUCCGAGAGGCGAGCCGCAUACGCCGGCCACCCGGGUUUCCGGCCGCUGCACCCGCACAUGCAGCACUCGAUGGCCGAUCUCUCCGUCCUGAGCAAGGAGAUGAUGAACCUGCCGCUGAGCUUCCACCUGGGCGGUAUGUCCCUAUUGCCGCCCACCUUCCUGCCGCCGCCGGGCCUCACCAUGUUCCCGCCGUAUCACCUCUACGCGACGUCGCCCGCGGCACCCCAUCCCCUGGUGGCGCACCAGGCGUCCAAUAUACUGCGGCACUCGCCGGCAGUGAACGACGAGCACAACGGCUCAACGAGCUCGACGGUGACGUCCGCGACGGUAACGUCCGCGGCGACGACGACGACGACAGCGGCGACGACAUCGAGCGUCGCGGCGGCUCCUCCGGUCGACGACAAGGAGGAUUGCGAGAGCAACGCGAACAACAACAACGACCAGUCGGAGCACAAUCACAACGUGCGCGCCAGCCGGGACAACGCCGCGUCCCCGGAACAUGAGGAGCACUACACGAAGCGAUUCUACCUGGACAGGGUGCUGGAGAGCCAACGGGCGUCGUCCGAGAGGUCGCCGACGCCGGUAAAUCCGCGGUCCUGCGACGCAGCCUCGCCCGGUUGCGCCUCCGAGCAGGAGGCCGAUUAUCUGCUGCAGCAGGAGCAGCCGAUGGACCUGUCCAUGAAGGGCACCUCGACGACCACCACCUGCGCCAGCGAGCAUUCGGAGGAUCAGGAGAGCGCGAGCGACGAGGACGACUCGCCCGAGAAGAGACGGAGACUCCCGAUAGACUUGACGACGAAAUCCUAAGAGCGGGAGGGACGACGACGCGAUUCAAACGAGAUUAUUCGAUCGGGCCCGUUUAAUGCAUGUUUCUUGUUGUCGCACUGUAUCUUUGUUUUACCGUAUGAAGUUUGUGAUAUUUACGGCCGCGCGUCUGCAGCCGUAGCCGCAACGAAGCUCCCGCUCGAGACACUCUCGGAUACCGGGUUCGGGGUAGCGAUCACGUAAUUUUUUCCCUAGGAAAUAUGAAAAGUGAAAGGAGGAUUGCGAAAGCAUUUUCGAAUGCUUCCAAGUUCGAGAAUCCUGACUUACUCUUGAGUCGCACGCGUUUACACGCUAGAGGACAAAAUUCGCAACUCCUGCAAGUCGAUCGUGAAUCUUUUGCUCUCUACACGGAGAAAGUAUUGUGGUAAAAAUUACCACAGAAGUUUGUUAUG